AGCAGAGUCGAUUCGAGUAGCGCAAUGGGGGGCGGCGGCGGUAGCCCUACGGCGAGCGGCAGCAGCAGCGACGAUGACGGGGACGCGACGUGGAAGGCGGCCAUCGACUCCGUCGCCACCACGGGGUUCGGCUACCCGUUGCCUAACGGCGCGGCGAAGGCAGCCGCUGGAGGUGGCGGCGGCGAGGCUAACCACGGCUUGGAGCAGCAGCCGCUGGAGGAGAAGACGCAAGCGCCUGGUCUUAAGCUAUACCAGAUCAAGGUAAGAAAUAUGUUGGAUGAUGUGUUAGAGAAAAACCUUGAAAUUGUCAGAACUCCUUGCUUGAACUUGGCUGACCCUAUGGAAAUAGAUGGAGUGAUAAAAUUAUUCAAGAAGGCACCACCUGGCAUCAGAAUUGAGGACAUAGACAAAUACCACGUGCAACUCAAGAGACCCAGAAUUCUGCCUUGGUCUGAGAUUGACGAGAAAUCAAAGAAGUUCAGGCAUAUGCUUCAGUCUGUUGUUGUUGAUGGUGACGACGUACUUGUUUCCGCAAAAGAAGCAUCCCAGAUUUCAUUGGCCAAACUGGAAGCUAGAGAAACUGCAGCAAAGGCCAAAGCCAAGAGGGAGGAAGAACGGGUGAAGGAGCUGAAGAAGGUCAGGGGAGAGAAAUGGCUUCCUUCUAUUGCUAGACAAAUGAAGAAAGAAAAAGCUUUGGAGCAACGGAAGUGAUAGUGUAUCACAUCUGUAGGAGCAUAUGCUAAUCUCUGAGACCGCUAUGAGGAUGCCCUUUUCGGGAUGCCAUCUGUGCUUAAGAGGCUCAAGAUGGAUAUUAUGAUGAACUAACUGUUUUGGUCUAGUCUAGAGAACAUAGCUCUGUAUUCUGGAUAUCACAUCAGAAUUCAUAUUUCAUGUAGUUAUGUUGGCAAAAAAACAUGUAAUGUUCCAGUUGUGAUAUGGAAGUAGCAUACAUUCUUUGGAGACUCAUCAGGAAGCCAAUGAUAGUUUGUCAAGCAGUCUCUGCCUUGUACAACUGGGUCUGAAACUUCCAUGUAUACAUGCAUAGGGGCAUGUAUUGUCUGGCAACAUCUACUGCGGCCCUGAAAUUUUCAUAUUAAUUUGAUGAUGUGUGAUUUCGUAUGCAUAAA